UCCUGUGUUGGUAAACUCACAUUUUAACUUUGACGUAACAGCGAACAGCUGAUUGCAGCGGUAGGCAACGAGCGAAAAAUAAGAUGCGUAUACCAGGAGCACUCUAUGCGGCACGCGGGCGUGCGCCACAAAACGAAAAGGAAGUGCCAUUUCAGGAGGUUUUGCCACUGCGACUAAAGAACACAGUCAGUGGAAAGGCCGACUCUGGUUCCGAUGUAGCAUGUCUGCAAGAAAUGGGUGUGCUGUUUGCCUGCCUCAAGGAUAAUGAGUUCGUGGAGAAGUAUUGCCACAAGGAGAUCAGUCAGUUUCAGAAUUGCUACAAAUUCUAUAUGGAUCGCAAAUUUGAGGCGAAAAAGACAGUCAACCAAGGCAUUGUGCAACCCGGCAGCAAUCUAAACUACAGACAGCUGAAUAAAUACAUGAGGCGCUUUCCCAAUCCACAAUAGUUCUUCAAUAGUGCCCAAUGAUUUGUUAAGCAUUUUAAUAUAUAUGCAAAUUAUUU